AAAGAAAAUCUAUUAAUCACACCAUACCCAGCCGGCGCCAAUACAAAUUCUCCGUUCACAGUCUUUUCCUUUCACUUCACUCUUCGAAGCAAUAAUUCAAGUGUAGAUCAGGCCCGGAUCUGAAGCAGCAGCCGGGGCAUUUUCCGACCCGGAAGAUGAGCGGCACGCGGCUCUGCGGAUUGUUGGCGGAAUUGGGGUACGAAGGUUACGGGUCGUUGGACCCGGACAGUUUCGAAUGGCCAUUCCAAUACGACGACGUUCGGCCCAUACUCGACUGGCUCUGCUCUAGCCUCCGCCCCUCCAAUGUCCUCUCCCACUCUGAACUUUCCCAGUACGAGCAGUUUUUGCAAGAAGGGAAGCUGUUGGAGGGAGAAGAUUUAGAUUUUGCUUAUGACAGCAUUUCAGCCUUUUCAACCAGGAGGGACAACCAGGAGGCAGUAUUUGGAACUGAAGAAGGAUUGAAAGAAAUACAUGACGCUACUUUAGCAGCAAAAUCUGAAGCGUCGGAGUUGCAGAAACAGCUCCGGCAACUUCAAUUCCAAAAUGAUAUGCUCACUGGGCAGGCUUCAACACUGAUUCAAGGAAGAAGAGCACGAGUAGCCGCAACUUCAAACGCCAACGGACAACUGACUACCAUAGACGAUAGUCUUUCAGCUAAAAAUUUGGAGAUGAAUGCAGUUCUUGGACGGAUGGCCUCUACUGCUCAAGAGUUGGCACAUUAUCACUCAGGGGAUGAGGAUGGUAUCUACUUGGCUUAUGCUGAUUUUCAUUCAUACUUGCUCGUGGAUGGGUUCUGCAUGAAGGAAUUAAAUCAGUGGUUCUCCAAGCAACUAGACACGGGUCCUUACAGGUUAGUGGCGGAGGAGGGGAGAUCUAAAUGCUCAUGGGUGAGUCUCAACGAGAUCUCGAAUGUCUUGGUGCAAGAUUCAGAAAACAUGCAGCAUCAACGCCUUUCCGAAUUGCAGCGGCUUCGAUCCGUAUUCGGAACUAGCGAAAGACAGUGGGUGGAAGCUCAAGUUGAGAAUGCUAAACAGCAAGCACUCCUCAUGACACUUAAAGCUCAAGUGACAUCAGAUGAAGCUCACAUCCAUCUUGACCUUCAUUCUCUUAGGAGAAAGCACGCCGAAUUGGCUGGAGAACUUUCAACUUUAUAUCGGAAAGAAGAGAAGUUAUUAUCUGAGACAAUUCCCGAUCUUUGCUGGGAGCUGGCUCAGCUACAAGACACAUAUAUCUUGCAAGGGGACUAUGAUCUGAAAGUCAUGCGUCAAGAAUUUUAUAUUAAUCGACAAAAAGCGUUCAUAAAUCAUCUGAUUAAUCAGCUAUCACGGCAUCAAUUUUUGAAAUUAGCCUGCAAGUUGGAAAAGAAGACUAUGCUUGGAGCCUAUACCUUGCUUAAAGUUAUCGAAUUAGAGCUGCAAGGUUACCUGUCAGCAAGCAAAGGUCGAGUGGGUCGUUGUACUUCAUUGGCUCAAGCUGCAUCUGAUCUUUCCGAACAAGGAGCAGUCGAUGAUAGAGACACUUUUCUCCACGGUGUUAGGGAUCUUUUGAGCAUCUAUUCAAACGCUCAAGCUAGUUUAUCAACAUAUGUGUCUGUUCCGGGCAUUGUUCAGCAACUAUCUAACCUUCAUUCGGUGGUGACUUUACAAUCUGACCUAGAAUAUGCCCUUCCCGAGGACAGAAACAGAUGUAUUAAUGACCUGUGUACCCUUGUUCAAAGUUUGCAGCAAUUAUUAUUUGCAUCGUCUACAACUGCACAACCGAUUUUGACACCCUGGACUCUAAUGAAGGAGCUGGAUGAAAUGGAAAAGGUCAACGCAAAGCUCUCAACUGCAGUCGAAGAUGUGAUGCUCGAACAUUCCAAGAAGAGCGAGAUUGUUAAACAUCAUUCCCAAGGAACAACGCUUCAAAGACGGGUGUUUGUUGAUUUCUUCUGCAACCCGGAUCGUCUGAGGAACCAGGUGAAGGAAUUAACUGCACGUGUGAUGGCUUUGCAGGCGCCAUAGUCUAAUGUACAGUAUGUAUUAAUUAUCAUUGUUUGAUUAUUAUAUAUCUAUAUAAUGUUUGUAAAUUCCAUUCACCGAAGAAUGUUAUUUUUUUUUCUUUUUUCGUUCUAAUUACAAAGGAUAAUCCUACAUUCCUACCUAUAUAUUGCUUUUCAUUUAUGUAGUCU